AUGAGGAGUCUGACGCCAGCCACUGUCGACGUUUUAGCCGUUUUGGUUGUAUUCCUGGUUGUGUGCGUGUGCCGCGUCGAGGCCAUCGCCACACCACCAACACCAAACAGGGCCAAGGUGGCGCAAGAUGAUAGCGGCGCGAUGCACGUCAAUUCGAGUGACCCAGCGAAUCAGCCCGUGUUCCUGAAUGGCGUGGACGUCGUUUCGGAGGUUCAAACGCUGCGUGGAACCGUAGCGGCACAGCAGAGCAUGCUGCAGGCGUACCAGUCAACUGUUGAGGCGCAACAGAGCAUGAUCGCCGCACACAACAGCACGCUUCAAGCCCAACAGAGCACGAUCGAAGCUCUUCGAGGCAGGGUGUGUGAGGCGACUGCCAGCACGUUUGGGCAGCUUAGCUCAGCAGGAAACAACAAGUGGCGUGGCGGGGGUGUGCUUGCCAGCAACGGUUUCAUCUACGCUGCCCCUUACGACUCGCCCUCCGUGCUAAUCAUCGAUCCCAGCACCAACACCGUUGACACGACCACAAUCUCCGAACUUGGAACAGACAGCUACAAGUGGGGUGGUGCUGUGCUGGCACACAACGGCCUCAUCUACAUGUUCCCAUCAAACAGGGAGACAAUGCUCAUCAUCAAUCCAGACACCAACACCGUUGACACCACAAGCAUCCACUCGCUGGGAUCUGGUGGAGGCAAGUGGUGGAGUGGUGUGGUGGCCAGCAACGGCCUCAUCUUCGGCAUCCCCUUCUUUGCCACCUCUGUGCUGAUCAUUGAUCCAGAUACCAACACAGCCGAUAUCACCACGCUGUCCGGACUGUCGAGCCAGGCAUACAAAUGGUAUGGCGGUGUGCAAGCAGACAGCGGCCUCAUCUACUGCUUUCCCUUCGUAGCUUCUUCUGUUCUCAUCAUCAAUCCAGAGUCUCUUACAAUGGACCUCACCACCAUCAGCGGCUUGGGCACGGGCAGCAAAUGGUUUGGUGGCGUAAUCACUGGCAACGGGCUCAUCUACACCAUCCCAGCAUACUCUGCGACGACACUUGUCAUCAAUCCGGCCACCAACACCACCGCCGAGCUUGUCGUUGCAGAUGCAACCGGCUCUUCGAAGUGGAUCGGCGGCGUGCUUGCACCCAAUGGCAACAUCAUUGGCAUCCCACACACCUCCCCAUCCGUCCUCAUCAUCGAUCCAACCACCAAUGCCACCGACACCACGACCAUCAGCGACCUUGCAGGCGAUAACAAGUGGUGGGGUGGCGUGCUCGCUCCAACCGGCCUCAUCUACGGCAUCCCAGACCAUGCUGAUUCCGUUCUCGUCAUCGACCCGGGAUGCUGAACCAUUCACUUCUUGCUUGAACUGUGACAUGCCUGUUCUCCACUUGCUUUCUUAACCUGAUGUUUUGAUGUGGACUUGCUCGAUUGCGUUGUCCCCCUUGCACAUGUACUGUUCUGACAGCAAUCUUUACACCACAC